GGCGCACGGUCUAAUUUCCCAUCAUAAUUCUGAAUUCUGAUUCUCCCCCUCCCAAACGCACCGGGAAGUGGAAGGAGGCGCGGUUUUUGUGCCUGCCUGGUAUCCUCAUGCUGUAUGCGCAUAGUACGCAGACAACCAGUUUUGCCGCAAACGGCUGAGCGUCCGUUGCCAUAUUUUUUCCUCUGGAAAUAGAGAGGGUAACACUUGCUAGGGUUUCAGUCCACCAGGAGAAGAAUGGCAACAACCGAAGAAGUCCUGCAGGAGCUGCUCAACGUUGAGGUCGAGCUUCAAGAUGUCCAGGACCAGAUAAAAGUAUUGCUUGAUCAUCAAGAGAAGUUGUAUGGGAGACAAUCUGAACUGAAGGCCCUGUUGGAAGAAUGUGAAACAUCAGGAAAUCCUCAGACUGAUGUCACUGCUCUUCCCGUGGAGAGUUGGUCAGGGCCUUUUGACUGGGAUGCUCAAGCUGAUGAUGUGAGAUUCAAUGUUUUUGGCAUUUCCAAGUACCGUGCUAAUCAGCGAGAGCAGAUAAUAAAUGCAAUCAUGAGCGGAAGAGAUGUACUGGUAAUUAUGGCUGCUGGUGGUGGGAAAAGUCUUUGCUACCAGCUUCCAGCUAUUCUUCAUGAUGGGGUUACUCUCGUUGUCAGUCCUUUACUUUCGCUUAUUCAAGACCAGGUGAUGGGGCUGACUGCUUUGGGAAUCCCAGCAUCCAUGUUGACCUCAACAACUGCUAAAGAUGAUGAAAAAUUCAUAUACAAGGCCCUUGAAAAGGGAGAAAUAGAGCUGAAAAUUUUGUAUGUCACUCCAGAAAAGAUAUCGAAGAGCAAGAGGUUUAUGUCAAAACUUGAGAAGUGCCAUCAUGCCGGUCGUCUGUCUCUUAUUUCAAUUGAUGAGGCACAUUGUUGCAGUCAGUGGGGCCAUGAUUUUCGUCCAGACUACAAGAAUCUUGGUAUUUUAAAGAUUCAGUUUCCUAACGUUCCAGUUGUUGCUUUGACAGCAACGGCUACUAAGAAAGUCCAAGCAGAUCUGAUAGAGAUGCUGCACAUUCCAAAAUGCAUUAAAUUUGUUAGCACAGUGAACAGACCAAACCUUUUCUAUAUGGUACGAGAAAAAUCAUCUGUUGGAAGGAUUGUUAUUGAUGAAAUUGCUGAGUUUAUACAAUAUUCAUAUCCAAAUAAGGAAUCUGGGAUAGUAUAUUGCUUUUCGAGAAAAGAAUGCGAGCAGGUUGCAAAGGAACUGCGAGAGAGAGGAAUUUCAGCUGAUUAUUACCAUGCAGAUAUGGAUGUGAAUGCUCGUGAGAAAGUUCAUCAGAGGUGGAGUAAUAGCAAGUUGCAGGUUAUUGUUGGUACGGUGGCAUUUGGAAUGGGAAUCAACAAACCAGAUGUCAGGUUUGUUGUCCAUCACAGCCUAAGCAAAUCAAUGGAAACGUACUACCAGGAAAGUGGCCGGGCUGGCAGAGAUGGACUUCCUUCUGAAUGCCUGCUCUAUUACAGGCCUGGUGAUGUACCAAAGCAGCAGAGCUCGAUGGUUUUCUAUGAGAACUCUGGACUGCAAAAUCUGUAUGAUAUAGUUCAUUAUUGUCAGUCUAAAAGAGAAUGCCGUCGAAGUGCUUUCUUCCAGCAUUUUAAUGAGCCGUUACAGGACUGCAAUGGGAUGUGCGACAACUGUUCAUAUUCAAAUGUAGUCAAGGAAAUUGAUGCCUCUGGGCAUGCAAAAGUUAUGAUAUCCUUGCUGCAGGAUCUGCAAGACAAUGGUCAGAGAAUAACAAUGUUGCAAUUGGUGGACAAGAUGAAGGUCAAGCACAAGGAUGAAGGUGCUGAGAUAAAUAAAGAUGAAUUAGAGCAACUUGUGAUUCAGCUUAUAGUAGACCGUGUUCUGAAAGAAGAAUUUCAGCAUACAGCUUACACCACUAAUGCUUAUGUGACAACAGGACCUCUUGCAAAACAAGUAUUGCAAGGAAAGAAGACUAUAAAGCUUGAGGUUUUGAGCAAACAAAAGAGUAAGGGUGGCCUAGUGAAGGCUUCCAAACACAGCCUUGCAGCUUCAGGAUUGGAGUACAAACUUGAUGAGCUGCGGAAGGAACUUUCUUCUGUUCAUGGAGGAAUAUUUCCCCAUUCCAUAUUGUCUGCUCAACAGAUCACCACGCUAAGUGCAGAGAGACCAAAGUCCAUGGAACAGUUGGAGAAGAUAAUUGGAAAUGUGAAGGUGCAGAAGUAUGGGAGUAGAAUCCUAGAAGAGAUUAAAAAUUACGAGUCCAUGCAACCCUGUGACAAUGAUCUCGUGGAUGAUGGACAAGACCCAGGAAACAGAGCCGCAAAGAGGCAAAAAACUAAAAAAACUCUUCUUGUCAUUGAGAGCAGUGAAGAAGAAGCAUGAAAGUUGCAACUGAUGCCUCUCAAGUUGCUAUUAUCAGUUACCAAUAUUUUUUUUAAAAAAAAUGAUACCAUUUAUUUAUGUAUACAUAUCUGCACCAAUUACAAUUAGAUGUCAAAACAUUCAUUUAAAGUCUGUUUGACACCUGGAACGAGUGCUAAUGUUCUCUCUCGUCUUCCUUUAUUACAACUACUAUGCCUUUAGGCAAGGCAUCUAAAUUACAUAAUAAUAUUUAUUUAAUA